UCCACUUUCUCUCGCUCUCGUCAGUGGUGUGUUAGUGUGGUGUUGUCAGGUGUUCUGGGAGGACGUGAGCCUCGCGGGUAACUUACAGUGCACAAACCUGAAUUGGACUUUCGCUUUUGUAUUACAGAGAAAAUAUGCGGUGGAGGCUGUGGUGUGUGGUGGUGACGGUGGCUCUAGCGGGGGCUGACGAGGGUGACAACAAUGAAGGUUCCUCCGAACGUGUGUCGUCCAUGGAGAAGAGCGUCGGGGAGAACCCACAGGGACACCCCCUCCACCACAGGGUCACUCGCCAACUGUUGGACGGCUUCAGAUUUGCCAAUGAUGGAAUUUUAGCUUUAGAGAAUGUGGAUGACAUGCUUCGUAGUACAUUACCUGAUGUUGACCGCUUCCAGUGCCUGGAGCGUUUAAUGUGCUCCCUUGCUUCUUCUCAGCUGGAGCCAGACACACCAAGUUUACCAGUUCCAUCAUUACCAGCCUUUGAUCCAACCUUUCAACAAGGAUUUAUCCAAGAUUCAUCUACAAUCCAGCAAGGAUUUCAGCAAGUUCUCCAACAGGGACUUCAAAAUCCAGCAUUCCAGAAUCCAGCAUUCCAGAACGCAGCAUUCCAGAAUCCAGCAUUCCAGAAUCCAGCAUUCCAGAAUCCAGCCUUUAGACCUCCUCCUCCUGCAGGAUCCUUUCCUCAGUUUCACCCUCCACCGACAGGCCAGGUGGGACAAGGGAGUUUUCAAACCUUCCAGCCUACGAUAGGUGGGACUAACUUCCAAAACUCCUUCCAAAACUUUAGAGAAAACCCUGAUACUCUGACUCAAAAUCCAAACAGGAGAGAAAAUAGACCUCCACUGCUGAGACGUAGAAGACCAAUCAGGAGAAGACCUCAAAGAAAUGGAUUUCUCAGUUUCCUUAGUGACCUCGGGAGAAGAAAGAAGCGUAGCGCCUCUGAUAGCUCCCGACAAGAGCGUAGCAUCUUUGAUACUCUGUUCAGUGGAUUUACUUCACAAACAGUUAUGGGGUUACUGGACCAGAUGACAACACAAUACUCCUUCCACCCCUACACACACGCAGCUUACAUGGGAUAUUCAGGAAGUCCUAGAAGAUGUGAGAGUAUGUAUCCAGCUUGUCCGUCCACCCCAGAGGAGAUGAUUGAAGUCUUCAACAACUUCCACAAAUACUACCCAUCUGGAAUUCCCUUCAAGGAUAAUUUGCCAUGGCCACUUAAUGUUAUGUUACCUUGAAGAGAGCAGUUCUUGUUGAAUUAGAAGUCUUGGAGGACCACCACUCAAGGAAGAUACUGAAGGACUAUCUUAAAUUGUCACCAAGACUUUCGUUUCUUUGAUAGUCUGUAACAAUGCCAAACUUAAUAUAUUUUUUAUCGUACACUAUUGUUACUCUAAUUUGUACUUUAUUUACUGACAGCCGAUUUUUCUUCAUAUUUUCUUGUACGUUCUUGUGGCCACGUGAAUGAUUUUUCUCUACCAUCAUCUUUACCUACUGUUGUACUGUACUGUACUGUUAUUUUCACCUCAACAAGUACAAUAUGUUGACAAAACUGUAUCAAUGUAUCACAGUAUCUGAAGCUUGACUCACUCAUAUAAUGAGCCAAACUAGCACAUUUUUUCUUUACUUUACUUUUAUCCUCUGCACCACUGAUCGGCUCGUCAGCCGCUUGGGCGAUCGGUCACGUCUGUUACUUUUCUUUUUCUUUUAUAAACAUUGUUUCAGGUGUGUGAAAUAAUUUGUUUAAAUUUGACUGCCGAGAGGUAAACAUGAACAGUAUCUGGGAAAAUUUUUGUACAACAGUAUCAACCACUGGCAGAUGGCCUGCCCUGCCCUGCCCCAGCCAGCUUUCUUGGUAACCAUCCUGUUUUUCCUAUUUUAUUUGAAAUUACUCACAUUCACUUUCAAAACACUAUGGGGACACCACUUUUAAUAUUUAAUGUAGCUAAUGCCAGACGAUGUUAUUCAGCUCAGAGGGGACCUCGUACCCAAGGGAUUAAUCGACGGUUAUGGAUUCCCCCCUCCCCCAUGUGUACAAAAAUGCAACACAAGGAAGAUAAAAGCUUCCAUCGAUAAAUGCUGCCACACAUCGUAAACCAUGUCAUCUAUAUGUGUACAUGAGAUCAAUAGGGAUACAGGUAGCCUCUGAGGUGAACCAGUUUGCUGUCCUCAGUACAGUACAGUUAUCAGUAUACAAUGUCCAAUGAUGGUUUACUGUUUAAGCACUAUUUAUUAAAGACCAUACCAGUUUCUUCCUGUCUGUUAGUAUUUAGUUUUCUAUUAUUUAUUAUUAUUUAAUAUUAAUUGCUUCCUUCUAUUUUUAUACAAUAAUUGUUUAAACUGUUUGUUGUACUGUAUUAGUAAUUAUAAAGUUAUACGAGAUAAUAAACUUUGCAUGGGUAUUUACUUAAAGAUUCCAGGAAUUAUAAAAUACCUGUUAUACUGUAUAUGUAUUUUGUAAUGAGUUAACCUUAUACAGUAUCAUUGCUAUACCUGUGCUGGUCACAAGGUAAAUUAUACAUAGUGUAUUUAGCAAAAUCAA